AUGUCAAUGUUUGACACGGCAACUGCCUUCUCCUAUCAUAGUUCCCCAACCAAUUCUCAAGAUGCCAAAGGUCUAUUUGGUAACUUGAAAAUUCCAUCGUCUUUGCCAACCCAGCUUAUAUCUUCUUCUCUGGUCAUGCUUCCAUUGGGCGGAUACUUUUCGCAAAAAUCAUCACCUCAAGAACCCGAAGGAACUUUGAACCAACAAAAUGUACCUUCUUCCACGUUCAACCUUACUUCACACUCCGCGCCACAACAACCGACUCACAGUAACAAGCGCUCCUCACGAAAGACCGUUCAGCAGCAGCCGCAACAACAACAAAAAAGGCAAUCAUUUUCUUCGGCUAUCGCUUCUACCUUGACAGUCGGAAGCAUGGCUUCCAAGAAACAUUCAUCGGCGAUCGUUGAUGGUGCACACCACCAGCGCAGAAAGAGGUCUUCCAACAAAAUCAAUCGUAAGAAGAUUGAUCAGGCGAUCGCGUUCUCCGCCUACGCUGUGGAGGAGGACCAUCAAGAGAAUCCUGAUUGCGCGCUCGACCUUUACUUCACGGCCUUGGAACAGAUGUUGGAAGCUUUGCCAAUUCAUGCUGAUCAAUCGAGAAGGGAUGCGUUGAAGAAUAAGUUAAAGGAAUUCAUGGAUCGUGCAGGAUUGACCGAAGAAAUGAUGGAAUCUAGCAUAUCAUCAUCCCCAUCACCGGAUUCCAAUCGAGACGCCAAAAAAUGCGAGUGUAAUUCGUCGGCACGGUCACCGCAGUCACAUGACAUAAAAGAUUCGAGAAUAUCUCAGCACAUAAUUAACGCCGCCAUAACGAGCGCUGUGGCGUUAAAGCAAUCACCGAUUCCCGACGCCGUGUCGGCCACUGUCAACUACACCAUGAGAAAGAUCAAGAACAUUGAUGAGGCCUACGGACUACAAGAUAAGGCUUGGGAGAUAUCGAGGACCGGGAUUAAUUUGGCAUUGGAGAUUGAUCAACAGUAUAAUGUACACCAAAAAGUCAGUAAUGUUUUGUUUACGGGCUUGGCCGCAGCGAUGAAGGCGGGUAUCGCGUACAAAGAUUCGCCCUCGUACCGCGAACUGAAAAAAAGAUGUCAAUACCCUACGGCCGUUAGCAGUGAAAAUAGCAUCACCUGUAGUAAAACGGAAGAAUGCAUAACCUGUUGA